AUGUAUCAGAGCUUGGCCCUUGCUCCAAAUCCUGGCCAGUCAGCCUAUCCCCAUGAUGCCAGCAAUUUCCUGCAUACCCCAACAAGCCCGGCUGUUUACGUCCCCACCAGUCGCGUUUCCUCUGUGCUCCAGGGCCUCCCUUACCACCUCCAAAGCUGUGAUCCCACCCACCAAGGCCAUCCUCUGGGCAGCCACCCCGGAUGGGGUCAACCGGCCACUGCUGAGGCGACUCACUUCAACACUAGCAGCCCUCACCCACCUUCCAGUUUCUCCUACACCCACAGCCCACCCGGGGGCAGCACGGCCGGUCGAGACGGAGGCUACCAAAGCCCGCUGUUGCUGGGCGCCGGAGGCCGGGAUCAGUAUGGGAACACUCUGAUGCGUUCAGUCAAUGGAUCCUACUCCAGCCCGUAUCCUGGCGCUUAUGUGAACCCAGCGGAGAUGACGCCAUCUUGGCCUGCCAACCAUUUUGAGAGCGGCGUCUUCCACAGCCUCCAGACGCGACAAGGGACUUUCCUGGGAGAUUUCUUGGAGGAAUUUCCCGGGGACGGCCGAGAGUGUGUGAACUGUGGGGCCAUGUCCACCCCGUUAUGGAGGAAAGAUGGCACAGGGCAUUAUCUGUGCAAUGCCUGUGGCCUCUAUCACAAAAUGAACGGGAUCAACAGACCUCUCAUCAAGCCACAGAAACGACUGUCUUCAACUCGUCGAGCUGGUCUUUGCUGCACUAACUGUCACACAACCAACACAACCCUCUGGAGACGGAACGCAGAAGGGGAACCGGUGUGCAACGCAUGUGGAUUAUACAUGAAACUCCACGGGGUGCCAAGACCUCUGGCAAUGAAAAAGGAAAGCAUCCAGACCAGAAAACGGAAACCUAAAAAUGUCAAUAAAAGCAAAUCCUCCUCAGGUUCCACAACUUCCACCACCAACUCUCCUUCCUCACUUACAAACUCAGAGAGCACCGCCACUUUAAAAACCGAACCCGCCAUUACACCGCAAUAUCCGGGACAAGCAAUAGUGUCAACUUCCCAGGGUCCCGGACAUUCUGAAAACGGGAUGGAAGAGCCUCAUCCCCAGUUCAAGUAUGAGCCAGAAGACUACAAUUUUCCAUCUGCCAUGUCCCAACCAUCAGGUCUAAGCGUUGCCCACCGUCAAGACUCAUGGUGCGCCUUGGCCCUGGCCUAA